AUGCUAUUCACUGAGCUUACCCAUCCACAAAUAAUUGGUGCACUAGCAGCCGCUGGUCACGGAUCUCAAAUCCUGAUCACCGACGCUAACUUUCCUGUGUCAACCGCCACACCUUCAACUGCUACAAGAGUCUAUCUCAAUCUUCGUCCUGGCCAAGUUUCAGCAGAUGAUGUUCUUGCCACCCUCCUGACUGCCGCCCCCAUCGAGGCAGUGCACGUUAUGGAACCUUCUUCCGAAUUUACUACCUUGGAUCAUAAGGGCGAGGUACCUAUCUUUGAUAUCUUCCGAGAUCUUGUGAAGAAACAGAACGAUGGCCUAGAACUACAAAAGAUUGAACGCUUCGCGUUUUAUGACUUCGCCCGUAAUCAAAAUGUCACUCUUGCUAUCCAGACCGGUGAAACUCGCCUUUACGGUAAUAUCAUGCUGACUAUUGGUGUCAGGCACCCUAAGGAAUAA